UUUCAGGCAAAAUAUAUUUUUAAGAAUAAUGGCGUCUAAAUUUAAACGUGAAUAUGAAUUCGAUUCUGAACAUGCGACCGAGCCAAUGACAUAUGAUGAAAAGCGUCAACUUGCUAUGGACAUAAAUAUGUUGUCUGAUGAUAAAAUGGAAACUGUUGUCAACAUAAUUGAAGCUCACGGAGAGGAUGUAGGCAUCAAUCCAGAUCGAGUCGAGGUUGAUUUUGAGCAUCUCAAAACGGUGACACUUCGGGAGUUGGAAGCUUAUGUUAAAAUGGUUCAGCGACAGGAUAAUAAAGGUUAAUUUUUCACGUGUUCCAAUGAAUGGACUUAUUUGUAAUGCCCCUGCAAG